UUGCCGUUGGCAAUUGGGAUGCGGGUCAUUGUUUGCCAUAAUUUUGAUGUGCCCGGAGGCGUAGUCAAUGGUACCGUUGGAAUACUUAAACACAUCCGGUACUGGACAGACGAUAAUGGUUUGCGGCAUGCAACAUCUUGUGUUAUACACGCCGAAGACACUUCCCCGGAUCCGCUUCCAGGUCUGCCACCGCAUCAUGUCGUCGCAUUGGCCGAGUCUGUGAAUAUUAAAUUUGAAAACAAGUAU